AUGAAGCGGUUAGUUGGACUGGAGAGCGUCAGUCCAGUCAAUGAGAGGGUGGCGGUGAAAGAGGAAGCUAACCCGAUCUGGCACGGCGGGCCGGACCACCACAACAGCGCAGCGACGUCGACAUUCGACUACAUCGACGAUUCUGCGAUUGACCCCGGAUUCCAUCUCGUCGAUCGCGCCGCCAUCAUCGAGGACACUGCUUCUACCUCCUCUUCCAAGGCAUUUGCACGUGGGCACCGCCGUCGUUCCACCCACGUUACUCGCCGUGACCUUGAGAAGUUUCAAAAGGAGGUCCUUGGCGUUGAAAACCACGCGUCCUGGUACGACGAGGAAAGCGGCUCCUCGCGUAUCAGCCCGCACGACCCUCAACUUGAGGAACUCAAUCGUGCAUUUGCCCAGGCGGAUAUGUCCAUGAACAGCGGUGCCGUGUCCAACAACGGUCCUAGCAACGGCGUAUACUCGAACUUCGACACCCCCGUCCGUCUUGAUUCCGGCUCCCACAGCCCUAGUGUCGGUAGCAUGUCGCGACAAUCUAUGUCUCCUGCGCUUCCACACCCGACCCCUCAGGUCAACGGCGGUGGGAUGGGGGCGGCCCUCGCUGCUGGCAUGCCCAUGAACGCAGGACACCAAAUGGACCUUCACCAUCUUUACGACAUGGUGUUGGAGCUGGCAGAUGUACUUAAAAACAACCGAGAGGUUACCAAGAAUAUUGUCACAAGUGCGGAGGAAAUUAUGAAACACGGCUCUUCAGAAAGCGCCAGUCCAGCGGCGCAGCAGGUCAACGGGGAGAUAUCCGCGGCCCGUAUUGCCGAACUCGAACGAGCCCUUGCCAAAGAGAAGCGACUGACCGAAAGCCUCAAGCGCGAGCAGCUGGAGAACACCAAGCUGAUUGGCGAAUACGAGUCCACUGUGGGCACGAUGGUAGAGCAAAUUCGCAACUACUGUCAGAACAACAACUUGCAUUACUUCUACCAGAAAAGCCACUAUAAUAACCUCUUGCAAGCCGAGCGGGACCUUCAUCUAGAGAGCCGACUGGACCGCGAUUACUGGCAUGCACAAACGAUGAAAUGUGCCGAGAUGAUUCGCACUGCUCACCGACUCCGGUCCGAGGAGGAAGAAGUCCCCAUUCGCAUUAUAAUGGGCUUGCAGAACGAGGUUCGCGCAUACCGCAAUGCCCUUGGGAUGGAGGCUGAAAGGCCCGAGGAGGAGUACGGUUGGGAGAUUCUCAAGGAUGUUCCCAUGGCGGAAUGA